AUGGACAGCAAGUCCGCAGCAGCGAGCAUGGAGCUGAAGGAGAACACGACCAUCGUCGUGCUCGGCGCUUCUGGCGAUCUGGCCAAGAAGAAGACUUACCCCGCGCUCUUUGGACUGUAUAGGAACCAGUUUCUGCCCAAGGAUGUCCGGAUCGUCGGGUAUGCGCGCACCAAGAUGGACCACGAGGAGUACCUGCGACGGAUCAGGUCCUACAUGAAGACGCCCACCAAGGAGAUUGAGCAGCAGCUGGAUGACUUCUGCAAUUUGUGCUCCUACAUCUCCGGCCAGUACGACAAGGAUGAGUCCUUCGACGUCCUCGAGAAGCACCUGCAGGAGUUGGAAAAGGGCCGCUCCGAGACGCACAGGCUAUUCUACAUGGCUCUGCCUCCGAGCGUCUUCACCAUCGUCUCCCAGCACCUCAAGAAGUGCUGCUACCCGAAGAAAGGCAUCGCGCGCAUCAUUGUUGAGAAGCCGUUCGGCAAGGAUCUUGCCAGCUCCCGCGAGCUCCAAAAGUCCCUGGAGCCGGACUGGAAGGAGGAGGAGAUCUUCCGCAUCGACCACUACCUUGGCAAGGAGAUGGUCAAGAACAUUCUUAUCAUGCGCUUCGGUAACUCCUUCUUGGGCGCGACCUGGAACCGGCACCACAUCGACAACGUUCAGAUCACCUUCAAGGAGCCCUUCGGCACCGAGGGCCGAGGAGGAUACUUUGACGAGUUCGGCAUCAUCCGAGAUGUCAUGCAGAACCAUCUGCUGCAGGUCCUGACCCUGCUCGCCAUGGAGCGGCCCAUCUCCUUCGACUCGGAGGACGUCCGCGACGAAAAGGUGCGCGUCCUGCGCUCCAUCCCCGCCAUCGAGCCCAAGAACGUCAUCAUCGGCCAGUACGGCAAGUCGCUCGACGGCAGCAAGCCCUCGUACAAGGAGGACGACACCGUGCCCAAGGACUCGAGGUGCCCCACGUUCUGCGCGCUCGUCGCGUACAUUAAGAACGAGCGAUGGGACGGCGUCCCCUUCAUCCUCAAGGCCGGCAAGGCGCUCAACGAGCAGAAGACGGAGAUUCGCAUCCAGUUCAAGGACGUCACCUCUGGCAUCUUCAAGGACAUUCCGCGAAACGAGCUCGUCAUGCGCAUCCAGCCCAACGAGAGCGUCUACAUCAAGAUGAACUCGAAGCUGCCCGGUCUCAGCAUGCAGACCGUCGUCACCGAGCUCGACCUCACGUACCGACGACGCUUCUCGGACCUCAAGAUCCCCGAGGCCUACGAGUCGCUGGUGCUCGACUGCCUCAAGGGCGACCACUCCAACUUUGUGCGCGACGACGAGCUGGACGCCAGCUGGCGCAUCUUUACCCCUCUGCUUCACUACCUCGAUGACAACAAGGAGAUUAUCCCCAUGGAGUAUCCUUACGGUUCCCGCGGCCCCGCCGUCCUGGACGACUUCACGGCGUCGUACGGCUACAAGUUCAGCGACGCCGCCGGCUACCAGUGGCCCACAACUUCGGCCACCCCGCCCACCAAGUUUUGA